AUGACGGAGCUUCUGGUGACGAUCACGGUAAACCUGCUCUCCGGCUGUCGGCCCACGGACCCGCCCCCGCCCCCGCCCCCGCCCGCCGGCGGCGCCGACCCGCCCGGCGACCACCAGGACGUCUAUGAGGUCACCGUGAGCCGGUGGGCGGCGCGGUUCGCGCGCGUGUUCCAGCCACCGGCGGCGCUGGCGGCCGCCCUCCGCGGCCAGAGAGCGCACCUCGAGCCCGCAGACCUCGGCUCGCUGUCGGUGACGGCCUCGGGUGGUAUCGUAUACGUCUGGCGGCCGGAGCGGCUGGCGCGAGCGGAAUCACCGCUAGUCCUCAAACUGGUGGCGUCAUCAGCGUCCCCGGGCGUCGAUACGGACGUGACGUCAUCCAACAGCACCGACCGCAACAUCACGCUGGUGUCAGAGGAGGGAGACUUCUCCUCGCCGAGCACAACGGAGGGAAGUGCCGCCGAACCCAGCACGGUCCCUGCGGCAGACGCCGGGGCCGACCCCGCCGAGGGAGCCGCCACAGUGAACGUCACGAUCCGCGUGUGGCUGGCCGAGAACGGCUCCUGUUCAGGGGAGGCCGUGGGCAGUGGCUCACGGACGGCACCGGACGACCCGGAGCCAAUGUGCGCGCGCAGCUCCCGGCUCGAGGACUGCGAGACCACGUGUGGUGCCGGCGCCAACGGCACGUGUACGUGGCGACCGCCCGAGGCCAACAAGACGCUGACGCACGAGUACGGCACGUGCAGCUCCGACCUGGCCACGUGUCCGGACGGCACGUGUGACCCGCUGGAGCAGCUCUCGGGCCGCAUCUGCCCGCAAGACUGCGCCGAGUACAGUUCGGCGGGCCUGUACCUGCAGCCGGGGCCGGCCGGGCGCGGCGUCGCCUCUGCCCGAGGACUGUGCGUCUGCCACUCGCGUCACCAGUGUGUCUGCGGACCGGCUGAGCACCUCUACAGCGUGUGGAACGAGACGGCGCCCGUCACCACCGACCGACCCGAGCAACCGCCGACGUCUCCCUCGGAGCCCUCCUGCGGCGCCAGCUGUAUCGUCGGCAUCACCCUGGGCCUGGUGCUGCUCCUCACUGUGCUGUUCCUCGCCUUCAUGGUCUACGACGCCAGGUGUAACAGCCUGAAGAAGCUUCAGAAGGACCCGUUCGAGGGUGGCAUUUCGCUGUCACACAUCAACACCAACCCCGGGGGCGACCUGAUGACCUCCGGAGGCUUCUCCAGCACCGCUCACCUGCUGGAGGCACUGCCGGUAGACGCUAAGUGGGAGUUCCCACGGCAGCGACUGGUGCUGGGCGAACUACUCGGAGAGGGAGAGUUCGGAAAGGUCGUGCUGGGAAGGGCUCUCGGCAUCAACGGAGCAUCAGGCUACACCUCUGUGGCGGUCAAGAUGCUGAAGCCGGCCAGCACGGCGUCUGAGCUGCAGGACCUGCUCUCCGAGUACAGUCUGCUCAAGGAGGUCGACCACCCGAACGUGAUCCGCCUGCUGGGGGCCUGCACGGCGCCCGGAGGACCACUCUGUGUCAUCAUCGAGUACGCCGAGCUCGGCUGCCUGCGGACUUACCUGUACAAAAGCCGCAAGGUGUCUCUGAGCUUCUUGAACGCCGACCAAAAAUGUCUGGACAAACAAUGCUCAGAAAAUAUAUCCGAGAAAGAGACAAAUGUGGAAAAGUCUACAGAAAAAUCUCCCAGGAAGUCUGCGCCCGAGGCGGACUCGGCGGGAAAAGAGCAGCUCGGCACGGACGGGCCAGCCGGGGGUCAGCCCGAUCAGAAGGCGGCGGAAAAGAGGAGCCCCAUCACCACCAAGGAGCUGAUUGGCUACGCGUGGCAGAUCGCCCGCGGCAUGUCCUACCUCGUCGAAAUGAAGAUGGUCCACCGUGACCUGGCGGCCCGUAACGUGCUGCUGGCGGCCGGUGGCGUGUGUAAGAUCUCCGACUUUGGCCUCACGCGGGACGUCUACGAGGGUAGCCUCUACCAGAAGACCAGCAAGGGUCGCGUGCCCGUGAAGUGGAUGGCCAUUGAGUCUCUGGAGGAGCACAUCUACACCUCCAAAUCGGACGUCUGGAGUUUCGGAGUCCUCCUCUGGGAGCUGGUCACACUCGGAGCCACCCCGUAUCCCGGCGUGACGCCGGAGCGGCUCUGCCACCUGCUGAAGUCCGGAUACAGGAUGGACCGACCGCCCAGCUGUACACAGGACAUGUACAGCAUCAUGCGCCAGUGCUGGGAGGAGCUGCCCUCCUCGAGGCCGACAUUCUCCGAGCUCACCAUGUGGUUCGACAAGAUGCUCCAGUCGGGCUCCGAGUACCUCGACCUCAGCACGCCCGUGGUCAUCAAUAGGGAGUACUUUGACCUGCUCGGAGAAGGAGACGACACGGAUGGCUCGGUGGAUUACGGCAACAUGCACCUCCUCGAGAGUUCAUAUCUGGCGCCGAGCGAUAAACCCGCCCCGCGACCCGCGGCCCCGCCCAUCGACCGGGCCGGCGGCCAAUCAGCGGCCUCGCCGCGCGCGGCGCACCAAUCAGCGCCGUCUGGCGGGCCGCUGUCUCCGCCAAUAGACGAGUCGGUCUGCCUGACCUACUCCCAGCUGCUGCUGCAGGAGUCCGAGGCAGAGGAGGAGGAGGAGGAGGAGGAGGAGGAGCCCGCGCACACCGGGUCACGUGGCCGUGACGUCACCGACGAGCAGUGCCAGCUGAUGACAGCCGUAGCGUGAUCGCCAUCCGCACGAGACGGGACAUUGGACAAUGAAAUCACCUGAGGGUUGAGACACGAUCAAAUGCGGAGGACUUUUACCGGAGGAUUUUUAAAUGGCUACCGAUUUUGGACUCUCACAAGUGAGGCAGGGGCGUCAAACACGAUGCGAGUCGUGCAAGUUGACCUCGGUUUGAACUCAGAGUCGCUGCUGACAGGCAGCCCGCCGUAGACAGACGCCACAUUAGACGGGCGGCGGCGGCGGCUGCCUACAGCCGGCGACUGAUGACCGUUUUCUAGUCAGCUGGGCUGUACGUUUUCGUGUGCCGGUCGGUGUUGUAGAAUGUAAAUGGUAGUCGGCUGUACCUACUGG